AGAGUGGAGCCCACAAGGGCACAUGGAGUAUUGAACAAGGUAGAAGAAAUGGGCUUAGGACUUGGAAGUCUGGUAUCUCUGGUAAAGUAGGCUCCCUAGAAGACCAGUACCUGCGGUGCUCUUUAGUUUUCCCCUACAAUUUAAAGUCCCCAUGCACCUGAUAACGUAAGAAAUCCUUCACCUUCACCUUUCUUCCUCUAACUUCUUUCUCUUCCUCAUCACGCGCGACCAAAACUCUGAACUCCUCGUUCCCUACCACAUCCGACAUGAUAAUCCAAACCCAUCCUCAGAUCAAGAUUCCUGUGCCGAUGAACUUGUUCCUGCUCGUGAUUAUUUGUGUCGUUUAUACGGCUCCUCUGCUCGCCGCCGCCGUGGAAACAAGGAAACUUGAUGACACCACCGUGCCUGCCACCCCAAACAGCGGCCAGAAGUGCACCCCAUGCGAUAAUAACUCUCCCCCUCCCAGCCCUCCGUACUAUCCAUCACCGCCGCCUCCUCCACCUUCUCCGCCGCCGCCGCCGCCUACAUAUUAUUACUCGCCGCCGCCUCCGAAAAAAACCCCACCGUCGCAGGAUUGCCCUCCACCUCCCUCAUCGAUCCUAUACAUCACCGGACCUCCGGGCAACCUGUAUCCCGUGGAUGAAAAUUUCAACGGCGCAAGCCGCCGGAGUUUUGGCUCUGCCUUGCCGCUUUUAGCUGGCUUAUUGGCAGUGCUGGCCUUGUGGUGAUCGGCGAAUUGCCGAUUACUGGCUUGUGAAAGGUAUUAGAAAGGAAUUUAAUUUUUACAAAAGGCAGACCAGAAUAAGUUUGUACUGUCAGGUUUUAGUUUUUAAUUUACUACCAAUCUACCAUAUUGUAAUACUAUUUCUUUCUGUUUCAUCCUUCCGUGAUCCCGAUACUCGUGAAUAAGUUCGGCAGCUUGUGUAGAAAUUGAAGCUUCGAUUCUCUUAUCUCGAA